AUGUUCGCCACUUAUUGCACUCAAAAUCCUUCUGCCUUAGAAAGAGAAAAGAAGGACAACUGCCAAAUGUCAAACACAAAGGAACGAACAUUUAUAUGUAUCAAACCGGAUGCCGUACAACGCGGUUUGAUUGGAAAAAUUUUUGAGCGAUUCGAACAACGAGGAUACAAAUUGGUUGCUAUGAAAAUGCUAAAAGCCACAAAAUCACACUUGGAAAUACAUUACCAAGAAUUGCAAGGAAAACCGUUUUUCAACGAUUUAGUGGGUUAUAUGUCAUCUGGACCUGUAAUUGCCAUGGUAUGGGAAGGUCUUGAUGUAGUUAAACAGGCACGACAAAUGCUUGGCGCGACAAAUCCUCUAAAUUCAAUGCCAGGUACUAUUCGUGGUGAUUUCUCCAUACAAACAGGACGAAAUAUAGUACAUGGUUCAGAUUCCUUGCCUUCAGCCGAACGUGAAAUUACUCAUUGGUUUAAACCAGAAGAACUCUGUGAGUGGAGUUCGGCAACAGCAACAUGGGUGUAUGAAUAG